AGUUUAAUUAAGAUGCCAAAUGUGAACAAAUGAGUUAGGGUAGCACCAUGUAUUUCUCUGUCAUGUUACGCUGAUUAACACUGUCCGAAAGUGAGAGCGGCAUUGCUGAAGUGGAAUUGAAUAACAGGGGAAUUUGAAUCCAAUAACCUUCAAGUUUGGGGGAAAUUGGUGAAGUGGGUUUGUGUGUGUUUGGGAGUACUUGAAAUGAUGAAAAUUUUGAUGAGGGGGUGUGAAAUGCAAUGAGAGGAGGGUAUGAUCGUGAGGGUUUAGAGAUAAGAUGAGUGGUGGGUCAUUGGGUAUUCGUUCUAGUAGUUAUGGAUCUUUGGAGAAACAGCUACAGAAUGGUUUGUCACCAAUUCAAACAGCAAGAAAGCAAUCUAAGAUGUUCAAAGAGAAAGAGAGAUUGUUUCAUUGGAUCUGCAAGUUUGCUGGUCGUAAGAAAGUUGGAAUGCUGUUUCUAUGUGUGAUCUCUGCUGCUGUUUUCGUCUGGGUUUUGUAUGUUGGAAAAGGUGAAGAUACACAGGAGGGGAACGGUGUGGAAAACAUUAGUGUGAAUGAGAGCAUGUCUAUAAGUAACUCUCCAUCUAUGAUCUCCACGGCGAAGAUCAUGGGCUUUGCUACUAAUUUGGUACUACCCCUUUCUCCACCAAAUUAUUUUCUAGGUUAUAAUCUUCCUCCAGGGCAUCCGUGUAAUAGUUUUACGCUCCCUCCACCGCCAGCAGAUAAAAAGCGUACUGGGCCACGACCAUGUCCAGUAUGCUACCUUCCUGUGGAUGAAGCCAUAGGACUUAUGCCAAAGUUUCCCUCGCCAUCUCCGGUGCUUAACAAGUUAACAUUUAUAUAUGAGGAAAAUCUUAGCAGAGAUGGAGAAUUUGGUGGUUCGGAUUUUGGUGGAUAUCCCACGUUGGGGCAAAGAAAUGAUUCUUUUGAUAUACGGGAGUCAAUGAAUGUGCACUGUGGAUUUGUUAGAGGAAUUAAACCUGGCCGCAACACAGGAUUUGACAUUGAUGAAGAUGACCUCCUUGAUAUGGAGCAAUGUCGUGGCAUAGUUGUUGCGUCAGCUGUAUUUGGAAAUUUUGAUGAGAUAAAUGAGCCAAAAAAUAUAAGCGAGUAUUCGAAGCAGACUGUAUGCUUCCUUAUGUUUGUUGAUGAAGAAACAGAAAAAUAUUUGAGGAGUUCUGGCAGGCUGGGAACCAGCAAGAAGAUUGGUUUGUGGAGAAUUAUUGUCGCUCGUAAUCUUCCAUACACAGAUGCAAGACGUUCAGGGAAGAUUCCGAAGCUUCUAUUACAUAGAAUGACUCCAAAUGCCCGAUACUCCAUAUGGCUUGAUGGAAAGCUUGAGCUUGUUGUUGAUCCAUAUCAAAUCCUCGAAAGAUUCUUGUGGAGGAACAAUGCAACUUUUGCAAUAUCCAAACAUUAUAGACGCUUUGAUGUAUUUGUUGAGGCAGAGGCAAAUAAAGCUGCUGCAAAGUAUGACAAUGCCUCUAUCGAUUUCCAAAUUGAGUUUUACAAGAAUGAGGGUCUGACUCCGUAUACGGAAGCCAAACUUCCUCUUAUAAGUGAUGUUCCUGAAGGAUGUGUGAUAAUACGAGAACAUGUUCCAAUUAGCAACCUCUUUACUUGUCUUUGGUUCAAUGAAGUUGACCGAUUUACUUCUCGGGACCAGAUUAGUUUCUCAACUGUCAGGGACAAAUUUUUGUCGAGGGUGGAUUUUCAUUUUCACAUGUUCCUGGAUUGCGAAAGACGCAACUUUGUAGUACAGAAAUACCAUAGGGAUGUAUUGGAGCGCCUAGCCGCACCGGUGGUUGUUGCUCUGAAUCCUCCACCACCUCCUCCGUCUCCUCCUCCUCCUGCAUUCCCUAUGCUUGAAACUACACAAGAAAAAGUCGCUAUUCCAAUAGCAAGGAGAGGCCCUGGAAGGCGGGGAAGAGAUAGGAGAACGGGUUCUAGGCGCCACCGCAAAGUUGUGGCUGGAAAUAGAGACGUUGAUGCAAAUUAAAAUUUUGUUUUGGGUGACUAUAUCAUAACUUUUUUUUGUUGUUAUUUUUUUGGCAUUCCACCUACGAAAAUCAUUCAUUGCAGGAGCUGGAGGGAAAAUGUGGAAUUAGAAAAUGAAUGUUGUAUUGUUUCCACACGGACACUCUCAUUCUUUUUUACUUUGUGCAAUCGUCCAUCGCUGUCGAAUUUUUUGUUGUAUAUAUAUAUAAAGUAAAAUUUUCAAUAAUUAUGGUAAUGGUUGCUACUACUUGUGACCAAAUUACUCGCAUGUGGUACCAUUAUGUUGUGCCAUUUUUACAAGGAAAAGACUGUUAAAGACAUCCACAUUAAAUGUUGUCUCCCAUUUGGUUUUUGUUGUUCCUCUUACAACUUCCAUAUGUAAAUGAGCCUGGUUGGCAUUUAAGUCAA